UAUUUGGAGUACUCCCUGGUGUAACAUUUGGAAGAAUAUACAUGAUCAUCUCAUCAUUCAAAACUCUGGCUUUGUUUAUCCAGCAUCAGUUAAAGAUUUAUGGAUUCCAGGUUCUAAAGUUUGGAAUGCUGAACUCAUUCAUAAUCUUUUUAGUCCCCCAAGCCUCUGCUAUCAUUCUUAAUACCCCCAUAUUGCAGUCUUCCGGUGACGAUGUAUUUGCUGGAAGCACAACUCUGCAGGUAUUUGCUCUUCUAAAAGUGCUUACAGGAUUAUUGUUCAGGAAGUUGUGACAGAUUCCUCUAAUGUAUACCUCCUCUUGAUUUAUCUCUUAUCCAUAUGAUUUGGUCCUCCAAAAAGCUUAUUCCUAGAGUUCAACUCUUUGCUUGGAGACUAAUCAGAAAGGCCCUACCUACAAGUAAAAGAGCUGGGAGAUACUCUAGACAUAUAAGUAAAUAUUGUUUCCGGUGUGGAACCAUAGCUUCAUCUUUUCUUUCUUUGUCCCUUCUCCAAAGCAGCCUGGUUUUCUACACCUUGGCAUAUGCGCUCCGAACCCAUAGCAGCCAACCACCAGAAUUUAGCUGAAAUCAUUUCUUUCAUCCUCAGAUCUGGGCACCCUCUUGCCUCUAUUCAAAAUAUUUUUACUUUUCUUUGGUGCCUAUGGAAGGCCCGUAAUGACUGCCUCUUUAACAGGAAACCUUCCACUCCUCGUCAAAUAUACAAAUCUGCUCAAGCUCUUAUUGAUUGCAUAGGUUUUGAGCUUGGAGAUCUCUCACAGGACCAAUGUGCAGCUGCAGAUUGCUAAUGAUUUGGCUUUGAGUUUUUCCUCUCCAGGUACUCACAUAUACGCUGAUGCAGCCUAGAAGCUCUCUCGAAGUCAAACAGGGCCCUCAGAAGCUAAUGCAGGUCCUGGAGUCUACAUAGAGCACUUCUAUUCCUCUGGAAGAUUGAAGGUGCAAAUUUCAGCGACCUCUCCCCCCUGCAGCUCACCCAUCCAAGCUGAAACUUGGGCUCUACUUCUAGCAGCAGGUUCCAGCAAGCAACUUCAGUUUCAGUCGGGCGCUCUCCUCACUGACAAUCUUACUCUUGCUCAAGCUGUUGAAGCUCCUCAAGAAUCUAGGUCAUUGGUCUUUAAGACCAUUGCUUCAUGAAAUUCACAGCAGGAUUUCCUCCAUCCUUUACUUUCAAACAUAUCCCCAGAGAUUGUAAUGGUGUAGCUCAUAAUCUAGCCACUAGCUAAAAAAGAACAGGUGUUAGUUCGUCCACAUCCUAUGCCUACACAGAGCUCUUCAGUCUAUGAGCGUCCACGACAUCACGCUCAACAAUCCUGAUGAUACAAAGCGCGGCACAUCCGCACAUGCAUGGAAGGGAAACUUGGAACAAGAAGAGGAGAAUUUAGUUUGGGCUUCCAACGAGGAGGCAGCGGAGCAGAGACAGCGAGGCAUGUGCGGGGAGACAGCUCCAUGGGCGGCGGAGCACAGCAGAGCUACACCUCGCGCUCCAUUAUGUCAGGCAUGAGCCACGCCUCAAUCUUUUUCCCACCUCGUAGCUCGCACACAACUUGUUAAUUCCUUGUAAGAAACUAAAGAUUGUGAGAGAAUCCAAACCGAAAAACGCCCAGCGCCAAAACAAAGACCACAUGCAGCGGAAGCGGAAGCGAAAGGCGAGAGAGAUUGUGAUACUUGCCAUCCCCAUUUGUUUGGAUCCAGGCUCAGGCUCUAAGCAAGAUAAAGGCGCCAAACCCAGCGGAUCACCAGCUCGUGACGUCUUCGCCGGCGGAUGUCUUCCGCUAUCUAUCCCCAUUUGAUUUGAUCCAAUAGUACCUCUUCGCCGGCGAAUGGAAGCGGACGAGCUGCUGAAGAAGAUACGGCUGCUGGAGGAGGGCCACGCGGAGCUCAAGCGGGAGUUAGGGAAGCUCGCACCGGAGCGCCGCGGUGCGCAGCUUGCUGCCCGGCGCCGCAAUUCAUCUGCGCUGCCGCUGCCUUCGUCGCGGCGCGCCGUCGCCGCCGCCGCGCCCCCGCAAUCCUCGCGGGUGCUCCGCGAGAGCCCCGGCAGGUUGUCCGACAGGCACUGCCACUGGAUACUGCAGUCUCUGGGACAGGCCGUGCACAUCAUUGCACCCGAUGGGAAGCUCCUGUACUGGAACCGGUAUGCCGAGCAUAUGUAUGGCUAUUCUGCAUCAGAAGCAAUUGGCCAGGAUGCCGUUGAAUUAAUUUGUCAUCCUGCUGACUUCGACGCGGCCUACGUCGUUAUCCAGAGUAUAUUUAUGGGGAAGUGUUUUAGAGGGAAGUUUCCCGUUAAAAACAAGUCAGGAGAGCGGUUUUUUAUUGUUGUUCAUAACACUCCUUUAUACGAUGACGAUGGUAGCUUGGUUGGCCUCAUAUGUCUGUCACUUGAUACACGGGCAUUGGAGGAGAUAUUUAGUCCUCCAGCCUCAGCAGAAUCCUACCAAAGUUCAGCAAAGCCCUAUUUUCAUGCUAACAAUGAGCCUAAAAGUGGUUCGCUAGAUAAAGGUUCUUCUGGCUCACAGCAACCUCUGCAAACUGCUAUCACCUCCAAGAUAACUACCUUUGCUAGCAAGGUUACAAGGAAAGUUCGUUCUCGGAUAAAGACAGGUCAGACUUGUGACAAACAGUAUGGCAGUGGCUGUGAGGGCCAAUAUUCUGAACAUGGUGUCAGGGUGGAGCUGACAUCAAGUGAAGAAAGCACCCCAAGUGGGGAUGUACUGCAUGAUGCCUUUGUUGCCGAAGAGAAAUCGCCUCGGAAGUCGAGUAAAACAAAUAGUGAUGAUUCAGGUGAAGGAAAAGUAGGGUUUCACAAGAUGUUCACUUCAAAGGCUGAGGCAUUAUUGUCCAAGAAGGGAAUAUCAUGGCCUUGGAAAGGGCAUGAAACUGAUGAGGGUUCUGGAAAGAAUAACAUGGCCCCGACACAGUUGCAUCAUAAGCAAGAGAAUGACGAGAGUGAUCGGAGAGUUCCAGUUCUAGAGCCUAUCAUAAUUCCAGACUGCCAAGACACUGAAUAUGCCCAGGCAAGCACAUAUGAGGUCUCAGGUUCCUGGUGGACUUUCAACAAUACCAGCAUGAGUAGUAUGAGCAGCCCUGGGAGUACUAAUAGCAGUGCUAUCGACAGAGUAGAUUAUGAAGGAGAUUGUUUAGAUUACGAGAUUCUGUGGGAAGACCUAGUAAUUGGAGAACAAGUAGGCCAAGGUUCUUGCGGAACAGUGUAUCAUGCUUUGUGGUAUGGCUCGGAUGUGGCAGUUAAAGUAUUCUCCAAACAGGAAUAUUCAGAAGAAAUGAUAAAUACAUUCAGACAAGAGGUAUCAUUGAUGAAGAAACUACGGCAUCCCAAUAUAAUACUUUUCAUGGGUGCCGCUGCGUCACAGCAACAACUUUGUAUUGUUACGGAAUUUCUCCCACGAGGGAGUUUAUUUCGGUUGCUUCAAAAGAACACUGGCAAGCUGGAUCCCAGAAGGAGAGUUAACAUGGCUAUAGACAUAGCAAGGGGCAUGAAUUAUCUUCACAAUUCCAUCCCCACUGUUGUGCACCGUGAUUUAAAAUCGUCAAACCUGUUGGUUGAUAAGAACUGGACUGUAAAGGUUGCAGACUUUGGUCUUUCACGUCUCAAACUUGAAACAUUUCUGACGACAAAAACUGGAAAAGGAACACCGCAGUGGAUGGCUCCAGAGGUGUUACGAAGUGAACCUUCAAAUGAAAAGUCUGAUGUAUACAGCUAUGGAGUGGUCCUAUGGGAGCUUAUUACUCAGAAGGUACCAUGGGAUACUCUCAAUACAAUGCAGGUUAUUGGAGCAGUGGGUUUCAUGGAUCACAGACUGGAAAUUCCAAGCGACGCAGACCCUCAGUGGUCAUCGAUGAUCGAGAGUUGCUGGGUCAGGUAUAUAUCAACGUCUUAUGCACUAGUAGUAGUAAACAACCGAUCCCUGGUCCCGCUAAACGGUUAUCCUUUCUGUGAGCAAGUGACCCGCAACGCCGCCCUUCAUUCCGAGAACUCCUGGAGAGGCUCCAGGUGCUGCAAAAGCAGUACACCUUGCAGGCUCAGGCACAGCGGAGAGUGGCUCGGAAAGGUGCCGAAAAGAUGAUGAGCGUGGAAGAUUGCUAGCUUUGUAUCCUAAUGGGGAUGGUUGUACGAGGCUUACGUUUUUCAUGUUCACUUCCAAGAGGCGGAGGAGCUAUAUAUGGCCGGUGUGCAGUCCACGGGGCUGGGAAAUGUGCAGGAGCUGGUUUUUGAGUCCUUCACAAUCAUCUAUCUCCGCCGAACUCAGGAGUUCAAGCAGCCGCCCAGCUGAGCACAAGAGCGUGACGCAACGACGCGUUCUCAACGACCACAUCCUGAACUACACCUCGACGCCAGCCCCCACUAACUACGCCGCCCCUGGGCACAGUGGUGUGGAUCAUGUUCCACAGGAGCCUGCCUUCACUGAAAUAAAUACGAGCCGUUUAUUUUGUAAAUAAAUAUGUGUGUGUUUUUAUACUCGAGUUCUUUCGUACCACCAGUCUUUUCAGAAAA